AUGAAGUACGAGAUCCUCGCCUCCCUGUUCCUCGCCAGCAUCUCCUACGCAGCUCCCGCUCUCGAGCGAAGAGGCUGUGCAGCAGAUGCCAGCUGGGGCAACGACUGGCAAGAAACCGGCCUCCACCGCCGACAAGUGCUCUACAGCGCGUCCAACAGUCCCAUCUGCAACGGCAUCGGAGCCGACGGAGCGGACCACAUGCUUCAAGCCGGCAAUGUCUGGGGCGGAGCGGUCUCCACCUGUGCUGCAUUGAAUCGAAACCAGCAGAACUAUUGGGACCCUGAUCAGCACAGCUAUGUUAUUGACUCAUCUGAGGUCUGGGGUAUUGGCGGUGAUGAUGUUGCUCAGUGCAUGAUCCAGCAGUUUCAGAAGGCUUGGGGUGAUCAUUGCUGCCGUACUGCUUAA